AUGAGGAUUCCGCGUCCAGCAGCCGCUGCCCUCGCCCCCUUCAACUUCUCCCACGUCCAGCACCUGCUCUACGCCUCCACGAGCUCUCUUCCCUCACCGGAAGCGUCAACCAUGACUCGCCGCCUACGGCCUCCGAUCCCUCAACCACCACUUAUCCCCUAUUUCUCCCCUGCCGCCACUGGUAAGAAUCACCGUAUUGACCAUCCUAGCCAUGGAAACCAACCAGAAUGGAGAAACCCAAUUCUCAAUAAGACCUUCGGGGACAAUUUUGCCACCUGGUGGCUCUCUUUUGCCAUAUCGAUGAGCAUAAACCUGUAG